AUGAAAAGCAAGGCCAUUAACUUCUUUGCUGGACUUAAAGCUGUUGCCCUACUCUAUAUAAUGGGGAAUAAUCAUAUCAACGUUCUUUUGCCGCAAAGGGAAACCCUACAAAAUGGGGCCAUACGAAGGUGGUGGGACCACAAGAUUCUUGAUCCAAUGGCCAUCAAUGGUGGGAUAGGGUGUAAUAGUCUAAUAGAUAUUCUACUGUUUUGGACACAGAAUUUUGACGAAGUUGUUGGAGAUCCCGGUUCAAACACAACAUACGAUGUUGCUAUUUUUGUUUCUGACUCACGGAGAAAGAUGAAAGGUGGGAAUGGAGUUGGAUCAAAUGCCAGAAAGUUGCCAGAAGUCAAGGAACCUAUUGCGCAUAAUCAAGACAUGCAGGAGGGAGACGAGGGAAGUGAUUCAGAGAGCGAACAACAAAUGGUUGAUGGUAUUUUGACUUCAGGCCCCAAGGAAUCAUAUGAACUCCCUUCUCAAUCAGAGCUCAUUCGACUUGCUUUCGCUGGGGAUGAUGUCCAAGAAGAAUUUGAAAAGGAUAAGAUCUAGAAUGAGGAGAACCCUGAACCAGAUAAACCUGUUUUGCACCCGGGUUGGGGUCAAUGGACUGAUGUACAGCAAAAAAAAAAAAAAAUUUGCCUUCAUGGAUGCUUAAAGAACAUGAAGAUGCUAAGCGGAAGAGGGAAGAAACUCUUAAGAGAAGGAAAGAUGCACACCUUAAGCAUGCCAUUAUCUCCGAAAAGGUGGAUAAAAA